AAGGAGUCUUUCGCUCACUCUCUGUAUAGGCACAUACUAACUCUCUAUGUUCUGUGUGUCUAUUUUUGAACCUUCAUUUAUAAAAUGCUCUCUUUACGAUGAACAUGUGUGUGUUUCAAUGGUAAAAGUUUUUAAUAGCAUUAAGUGUCUGUCGUGGUACAGAUGCCUUCAGUGCUAGUUUAGACUCUGAAUUAGUGUGUAUACCCAGCACUCUAAACCAUUAUCCCCCCAGGUUGGUUGCUGCAGCCUUGUGUUUUUCCAACCGAUUGCAACUAACUCAUUGUGUAUAACAUACACUACUGAGUAAAUUUGUAACUUUGGUAAAUGAUUUUCCAUUACGUCAUAUAUGAGACUACUUGUCUGUACAUGUUAUAUUCAAUACAGAAGAGUGUAAACAUGUGCAAUUCUUUAUUUGGUGCUCUCCUGAUUUGAGGGUGUUCUAUAUUAUUCACUAGCCAUGGCUAGAUAUGUGUGUGUGGGGGCUGUUGUUGUUCGGUAUGAAUGGCACAGAAGAGUAGGGAAGUACUGUAAUGCAUAAUGGCCGUUGGCUUUGGUGGAAACUACAAUUAUGAUGACGAUCAUUUGGUGAUGGUUGGGGGAGACGCCAACUCCAUUCUCCUCCUGUGGUCUAUGUACUUGCUCAGUCUCCUCUAUCUGGUCAUUUUGACCUCAACUCACGUUUUUACUCAUUCCUCCUUCUUCCUGUGCAUCAUUCACACUUAACCGGUCAGUGAACACUCCACAUCGUGGUUCGGAUAUCCAAUUUUUUGAUCAAAAUCUAAUUUUAUUACUAUUGUAGCAUAAUCCAGCCCUCUCUGUAAACAAUUAGCACACACAAGGUAACCCUCUAAAUCAAUGGGACGAGACAUUAAGGUGUAGGGUGUUCUUUUUUUAGAGAGGUUCUUGAGGGAAGAGGAGUGUGGGCUAUAUUAGAGAGUUGUCCUCAUAGACAUGAUCAAUAGUCACCUGACUUUUUCCUAUCCUGAGGGCGGGGUCUGGGAACACAACUACUUACACAUAUCACUACCAACUUUUGCACAUAAGAUUUACUACAUGCUCUUUCUGUCUCUGCCACGUCAGACCAACAUACCCAUCUUCAAACUUAAAGGAAUCGUCGUGAGACGACGCUACAGUGACUUUGAGUGGCCUAAAGAAAGACUCGAGAGAGAUAGCAGAUGUGGUUUCCUCCGCUACCUGGCAAAGCUCUCAAAAGACAGCUUCCGUUUAUGGAGGCGACGUAUUUUUGACGAGGAAUUCAUAGACGACAGAAAAAAGGGGCUGGAAGAGUUUGUAAACAAGAUAUCCGGUCAUCCACUAGCACAGAACGAACGCUGCCUGCACAUGUUCCUUCAGGAGCCAGUGCUGGAUCGGUCGUACGUCCCGGGGAAAGUACGGAGUACAAACUGA